GAUGUGUGUUCACUCCGCCUCUUCCCAGCUGAUGCUCGCGUCUUUCAAUUUCUAUUCUGAGAGGAAGACUUGAGCAAGAGGGGUCUGCGGGGGUAGCGCAGUUAAAACAUCCAUGGGUGGUUGUGUGGGUAGUCACCAUGAUUCUUCAGGCAGUUUAAACGAAAAUUCUGACGGAACUGGAGUGGCUCUGGGGCGUAACCAGGCCUUGAAGAGAGAGAAGCCCAAAUGGAAGAGUGACUAUCCCAUGACGGACGGCCAGCUGCGCAGUAAGCGGGAUGAGUUCUGGGACACGGCGCCCGCCUUCGAGGGACGCAAGGAGAUCUGGGACGCGCUCAAGGCCGCCGCCCAAGCCUUUGAGAGCAACGACCAUGAAUUGGCCCAGGCCAUCAUCGACGGGGCCAGCAUAACACUGCCACACGGCGCGCUGACGGAGUGCUAUGAUGAGCUGGGGAAUCGCUACCAGCUGCCAGUCUACUGCCUGUCCCCACCCGUCAACAUGAUCGAGGAGAAGAGUGACCUUGAGAGCCUUGAGGUCAGCGAGCCCCCCCCCAGCGAGGGUCAGGAGUGCCAGCUACGCCUGCGUCUGUCCACGGGCCGGGACCUGCGCCUGGCGGUGAGGACCACGGACACGGUGCAGCACAUGAAGCGGCAGCUGCAGGCGGUGGAGGGCGUGUCGGCGGCCACCCAGCGCUGGUUCUUCUCAGGCCGGCCACUCACAGACAAGAUGAAGCUGGAGGAGCUGAAGAUCUCCAGGGACUACGUGGUGCAGGUGAUCAUCAGCCAGCCGCCCACCCCCCUGCCCACCCAGGCACCGCCCGUCCCCACACCAACCACACCCACGUCCAUGCCCGCCACACUGCCCCAGGACCCCACGCCCGUAGAGAACUAGUGCCUGGCACCUGGAGAGGGCAUGCAUGCAGGAAAAGACAGACCACCAAGGGAAGACCAGCUUUUGACAAGUGGAGAUUUGGGUGCGGUUGUGAGGCAGACACGUGUCUGAGCAGGUGAAGGAACAGUCCUGGAGAACCGAGCUAGGUGGUCAUGUAAAGUGUUUGUUUAGAGUUGUGUGAGGGUUUGUUAAGCUGUGUGCCCUCCCUCUCUCUUCUCCUCUCUCCUCCACGAGACGGGGAGGUGUUUCUGCAAGGCAUGCUGGGAUAGCAGCAGGGAUGUCUCUGUGCCUCAGCCAGAGCAGGAGGCCUCCGUGACUGAAGACAACCAACCAGGAGCAGCAAGAGACUCCACCACAGGACAGGAACACCUGCUAACCUGUCAUUUCAAAAAUCUACCUUUUACAAAAACUCUUUAAAAAAAACUUGUCUUGUUUUUAAUGGAAACUGAACAACCAAAAAAUAAGAUCUGAGGAAACUAUAGGAAUAUACAGUAACAGCCCAUGUUGUUACAAACCAUGUUCCAGAACCCCCUGCCUGUUCUCCAUCUCCUCUGUAGCUUCUAGUCAGCCAGCUGUCAGUCCUUCUAUUGCCCCCCCCCCCCCCCGUAGUAGCCUUGACCUGACCUGUAGCCUCUUUCUGCAGACGUUACAUGUAGCUCUGCCAGUCAACUCGUCCUCCCUCGGGAGCCUUCCUCCCCCGGGAGCCUUCCUCCCCCGGGAGCCUUUCUCCCCCGGGAGCCUACCUUUUAGUUGUGAUCUUGGUUUGUGAAGUUAGUAGGCCGUCACUGCGUCGGAUUAGUUCCCUUCUCAUUCCCCAGUAAACAUCCCAUCAUGUAAACGUGACACUUUCACCCUCCUGUUGUCUAUUCAUACCUGAUAUUAUCUUGAGAUGAACUACUGGAGGUUUCCGCAGAACUUAAAAACUACAAUGUUGUACAAACUGAAUGCGCUGGGAUGAAGUGUCAUUGCAAAGUUUUUAAUGACAUUAAUGUUUAGAAAUUUUGCUUCACUGUACUUUAAGAUACUUAUCAGAGCAAUGUAUUUAGCAUUGCGUAAUCAUUUGUGUGUGUGUGAGAGAGACAGAGAGAGAGAGAGAAAGAGAGACAGAGAGAGACAGACAGAGAGAGAGAAAGAGAGAGAGAGACAGAGAGAGAGAGAGAGAGAGAGAGAGAGACAGAGAGAGAAAGAGAGACAGAGAGAGAAAGAGAGACAGAGAGAGAGAGAGAAAGAGAGACAGAGAGAGAGACAGACAGAGAGAGAGAAAGAGAGAGACAGAGAGAGAGAGAGACAGAGAGAGAGAGACAGACAGAGAGAGACAGAGAGAGACAGAGAGAGACAGAGAGUGUACUGCAUGUUUGAGAGGGUGUUGAGAGUAAGAGUGUUCAAUAUGUUCUGGUGACAAGAGUCAGACCUUAUAACAUAGAAGGGGUUUACAACCUUAGCAGGACUCUAGGGGUUGUACUGUGGACAGACUAAGUCACAGCAGUCGUCUUGACCUUUACUCCAGCAGCUGUUCACACAGACUUCCUCUGUAUCUCUCGCGGUGUGUUUGAGUGUGUUUUUAAGGUACAUUGAGACUUAUUCAUGAGGGGGGAAAAAUGAAUUUCAGAAACCCAGUUGCAUAUUUUGAUGAAAUAGAAUGUUUUUAAUUAAAUUGACCAACAUUUGUAUGCCACAA